AACCCAUGUUUUACAUAGAAAGAAAAAAAAAAUAGACCACACAAUGGUGUCUGAAAGCCACUACAAGUAUAUUCUUGUAAUAAUAACACGAGUAUAUAUAAUGGAGCAUGUUCAAAUGUUUAUAGCAAAUUAGACACAAUGACUAAUUCAAAUGUGCUUAUCUUCCUUUCCCUUUUCUUUUUCUUCACUUCUUUUGCUUCUUCCUCUUCUUACAAUGCCACUCACAAAUGCUCUCCUCAACAAGCCCUUGAUUUACUUCUCUUUAAACAAAAGAUGUCCUCCAUCAACAACUCGAACGAAUACCUUGAUUCUAAGUGUGGUUGGCUAGGUUCUCGUUAUCAUCCAAUAAUGAUGAACUGGAACAAGAACACAGACUGUUGCAAGUGGGAUGGUGUCACUUGUAACCACUACACAUGUGACAUUAUCGGUAUUGACCUGAGUUGUGGCAUGCUACAAGGUACCAUCCACCCAAACACCACCCUCUUUCACCUCCCUCGUCUCCAAACACUCAACCUUGCUUACAAUGAUUUUACUGCUUCCCAAAUUCCACAUGAAUUUGGGAGGUCUUCUAAUAGUCUCACACAUCUCGACCUCUCUGAGUGUUGGUUCACUGGUGAAGUUUCCGUGGAAAUAUUUUUUCUUCCUAAAUUGAUCUUUCUUGAUCUCUCUUCGAAUGACGGAUUGCAGAUUCAACCUAAUGUAUUCAAUAAUCUACUGCAAAAUUUUACUCAUUUGAGAGAGCUCUCAAUGGUCGGUGUUGAUAUAGGUUGGGUUUUACCCACUUAUCUUAAUAUUUCGUCUUCUCUACAAUCACUUGAUCUUAGUAGCACCGGUUUGCAAGGGAAGUUACCUAAUAACAUCUUCAAUCUUCAAUAUUUAGAAAAACUUCACUUGUCGGAUAACAUUGAAAUCACUGGUCCCUUUCCCAAAGUUAACACGAGCUAUAACAUCCCUCUCAAGUCGCUAGAUCUCUCCAUCGCCAACUUAUCAGGGGAGAUACCCGAAUCACUUGGCCAUCUCAAGUCCUUGAAUUACUUGGCUCUCUCUUCUUGUAGUUUGGUGGGGUCCCUUCCCAAAACCCUAGUUAACCUUAUGCACCUUACUACUCUUGAUUUAUCAUUUAACAAGCUCAAUGGAACGUUGCCUUCUUUGUUGUUUACACUUCCCUUGCUUGAAAAUGUUUUUCUUUAUGAUAACAUGUUUAGUGGAGGGUUACCAUUGGAGUUGUUCAGCUGUCGAUCACUAAAGAUAUUAUCCCUAUGGGGCAAUAAAUUUGAUGGCAAUAUCAAUAAAGGCUCCAAUCCACUAUCAUCUAUCCAACUCGCCAACCUCACUUACCUUGACCUCUCAAAUAACAAUUUCACAGGCUUAUGGGAUCUGAACAUAUUGUUAUCAGGGCUACCAAACCUUGAAACUCUCUCCCUCUCUUACAGUGGCUUAAUUGUUACGAACAACAAUAGUUUCAGCCAUGUCAACCCUGAGUUAAGAUACUUAUAUUUGGCAUCUUGCAAUCUUACUGUGUUUCCGGAGUCUUUACGAGCCAUGAAAAAUCUCCAAAGAUUAGAUCUAUCUUAUAACAACAUACAGGGACGCAUUCCUGAUUGGGCACAGGAGAUCGGAGGAAAUCGGUUGUUAUUUUUGGAUCUGUCAAAUAACUUCAUAACAGGCUUGCCAAAAUUUCGAUGGGAUGGAUUGAACUUUCUUUAUCUGGAAUCCAACCAGAUUCAAGGGCCAUUUCCUCCAUCAAUUUGCAACAUGAGAAAUCUAGAGGUGUUGGAUAUAUCCAAUAAUAGCUUUAGUGGAGUGAUUCCACAAUGUUUGGGAAAUAUUAGCGUCUCUAUUCAGAAUUUGAAUGUCAAGUCAAACCAGAUUCAAGGACCAUUCCCUUUGUCAAUUUGCAACAUGAGCCUUCUAAGUUCAUUGGAAUUGUCCAAUAAUAGUUUCGAUGGAGUACUUCCUGAAUGCUUGGGAAACAUCAGCUCCUCUAUAUCUAUGGUAGAUAUAGGGAACAAUAAUUUUCACGGCAUCAUUCCAAAUGUGUACGAGGAGUGUGGACAAUUACAGGGGCUUAUUUUGAAUGGAAACCGAUUACAAGGAGAAAUCCCAAGUUCAUUGGCCAAAUGUCAAUCCUUGAUGGCAUUAGAUCUUGGAAACAACCAAUUAAAUGGUACAUUUCCAAGAUGGUUAGGCAAUCUUCCAGAGCUGCAAGUUCUUGUCCUCAAAUCAAACAGAUUGCAUGGUCCCAUUGAAACUCCCUCCACAGUUAAAAAUGCAUUUCCAAGCAUGAAAGUCCUUGUUUUAUCUCAUAAUUAUUUUGUAGGCCUUCUCCCACGAAAGUAUUUGCAAAAUUUCAUUGCCAUGAAGAACACGGAAAAAGAUAGCACAAAACCAAAAUAUUUGAACAUGGGGGGGGGGGGGGGGGGGGGGGGGGGAAGUAUUACUCCGUCACUACUACGGUGAAAGGCGGGGAUCUUGACUUUCCAAAAAUUUCGGUUGACUACAUAAUUGUCGAUUUUUCAAACAACAUAUUUGAAGGGGCGAUUCAUGGUGUCAUCGGUUCUCUUACUUCACUCAUAGUGCUUGACCUAUCCAACAACAUGCUCACUGGCCCAAUUCCAUCUGAUUUAGGGAAUCUAUCGCAGAUUGAAUCGUUAGAUCUAUCUUCAAACCAAUUAACGGGAGAGAUCCCCGGACGCGUUGCAGACUUGACGUUUCUUGAAUUCUUAAACCUCUCGCAAAACCAUCUUGUGGGACGAAUUCCAUCAGGAAGUCAAUUCAAUACAUUUGAAGCAUCAUCAUUCGGAGGGAAUUUAGAACUCUGUGGUCUUCCAUUACCCAAAAAGUGUGAGCAUCCACAGGAAACAGAAACACAACUUGAGGUUGAUGGAGAUGGAGAGAGCGGAUUUACAUGGAGAGUGGUGAUGAUGGGGUAUGGAUGUGGGACCUUACUUGGAUUAGUGAUGGGGUAUGUCAUGUUGUCGACAGGAAGACCAAUGUGGUUCAACGCAAUUGCAGAUGUAGGAGAGCGCAUGAUCCGAACAAGGCGAAGAUAUGUAUAUAUUGGAAAAUGAGUUUAGCUUCUAAAUGAGAACUUAUUGGUGCACUCGGAACUUCUGGAUUAUGCAGCUGUUGAUUUGUAGUGUCUGAAACUAGUCUGAAUCAUAUUGUGCAUCGAUUCUGUUUUGAAAUAGGCAGAAAUUGUUGUUAUGAUGUAUUUCUUAUUCAUGUUUAGUCUAUUAAACAUUAGUAAGUAUUGUAAGUAUGCUUUUGUUGAAUAUUGUUGUUACUGUCAAACUUGUCAUUUGAGAUUGUGCAGGGUUAAUAAUGGAAAUUAGUAAAAGAAGUGGAUCAAUAUAAAGAAUUGUUAUCGGGUCAACACGCGGAUCUUUAUUAUCCGAAUACCCGAGAUAUAAGAAGGAAGAUGGGAGUCGUCUGGAUACAAUUUUGAGAUAUUUUUACUUCUCUAUUCUCUCUCAGUUCUCUAAGAAAAGCGAUUAGGGUUUUAUAUGUUCUAGCUGUUCUUAGUUUGUUCGUCAUCUUUCUUUAUUUGUUGAUUAAUCAGUAGAUUAGGAUGAGUGUUAUGUAAGAGAGUAGAAUAGGAAUUGUGUAGUGAGGUUUUGUUGUAAGUACAUGAAAACCAUCUGUCUAUUUGUCCUGAAAUGAUAUAAUAGAUGAUGAUGUUGGGAAAA